AUGUCUGCUUCCGCGCUAAAACAAUCUGUGGUUCGCAAUGACGACUUUCCCAAAGAAGCUGUGUUCCAGCAUCAGUUUAUGGCAACUCUUGCGCGACACACAACAAGCACGUGCUAUAUAUGCCCUGAACUUUCGAGAGUGUUCCCUACCUCGCCUGGUCAGCCUAGCACGCGCAUUGAUGGAGAGAUUGACUUUUAUUUAAAUGGAAGUCUUCGGUGGGGAAUCGAAUUGCUCGUUAAUGGUGACAAGAUUGGCGAGCAUAUGUCUCGAUUCGCUGCAGGGGGGAAGUAUGCUGCUCUCGCUGCAAAAGAAUACGUUAUCAUCGAUUUUCGAGGCAACAAAUGUGGAAUAUCAACGAAAGUUGCCCGUAAAGCAGAGAGGAUCACAGCUUUCUUUAAACUUGGAGACUUCUCGAAAUGUCGCUGUAUAUUUGGAUUUGAGGACGAGGAACUGAUUAGUUUGAAACAGUAA